AUGGCAGCAACAGCAAUGCAAUCCGAGGCAGCGCCUCAGGAUAUUUCUACGCUACUUGAGACCAUCACCAGCUGUCUCUCCGGCACAGGAUCCUCCCUUCCAAAGGCGGCCAAAGAUGAGCCAACGGACGCCUCGAUCGACCCUCCGCAGCAAGGCAUUUCGCUACUCAACACCAAGAGCGAAUUGCUCCUUUCCUACCUUCAUAACCUUGUCUUUUUGACUAUCUUCCAGUUGAGGGGUCUUUCAGCGGAGGACUCGGCCGACGGAGAAAACCAGUCCCUGCGGGAGGAUGUCGUGAAAAAGUUGACUGAACUACGGGUUUACUUGGAACGCGGUGUCCGACCAUUGGAGGGACGGUUGAAAUAUCAAGUUGAUAAGGUUGUCAAGGCAGCGGAGGAUGCUGAGAGAGAUGGACGGAAUGCGCCAGGGCCUACGAAGACCAAGACAAAGAAAGCACCGAAGUCGGACGAGGACGAGGACGAGGACGAUUCGGGAUCCGAAGAAGCGUCCAGCGGCAGUGAAGAUGAGGAAAGUGAAGAUGAAGAAGAUAUCGACGAGAUGGCGUACCGACCGAAUGUGUCUGCGUUCUCCCAAGGCGUCGAGGCUCAGGCGAAGCCGACCAAAUCGGACAUAACGGAACAGAAAGCACCGAGCGAUGGAAUUUACCGGCCUCCCAAAGUUAUGCCCACUGCUCUUCCUACUACCGAGCGUCGCGAACGCGAAGAUCGUCGUCCUCGCCGGUCGAAUGUUAUUGACGAGUUUGUCAAUGCCGAAAUGUCGUCUGCGCCGACAAUGGAAGCCAGUAUCGGCAGUACGAUCCGGUCCGGUGGAAGACACACGCGGUCACAGAAGGAGAAGGAUCGUGAAGAAGAGAGGAGAGCAUACGAAGAAACCAACUUUGUGCGACUGCCCAAACUCAGCAAGGAGGAGCAGAAGAAGCAGCGAGGCCGUCGCGGUCUGGAGAGUACGUUUGGUGGUGAAGACUGGAAGGGCCUUACUGAGGGUGCAGACCGCAUCGCCAGACUUACACAAAGGGGCAAGGGAAGUGGCAGCGCAUUGGACAAAAGUCGCAAGCGGAAAACCACGGAGGACAUGCCUGGUGCCGUGGGCCAAAUUUUUGACAAGCGACGGAAGAAGGUUGACAGCUGGAAGCGAUAA